ACGCAAACAACAUCUCAGCAUCAGAAGAUGUUGUGGUAUCCUUGACGCGAAACGACCCUUAGUCUGAAAGCUGAGCAGCCGUUUAAUGCUCAGUGUUUUAUUCCUUGCGACAAUGAGCGACGGAAAUCUGCCCUCAAUCCUAGAGAAAUGAAAACCAAUCCUGGCAUAACAUACAACACGUUUGCCAGGAUAAAAAGCCGCAUCUGGAAUCUCCCAUGUGCUCUGGUACUGAUAUGGGUGCUGGUCUUGGUAUGGGGAGAACGAGUUGUCUUCGAUAGAAGCGUCAAACAGUGUCUCUGGCAAGAGUGGGAGUCCUGGCCGGCUCAUGCUCAUCCACACCAUGUGCUCCUCAUUGCUGACCCUCAGCUUGUCGAUCCCCAUACCUAUCCGGACCGACCGUGGCCUCUCUCAACCCUGACCGUCGCAUACACCGACCGCUACCUUCGGCGCUCCUACCGCUACCUGCAAGAACAGCUCAGACCAGACGCAACCCUAUUCCUAGGCGACCUCUUCGACGGCGGACGAGAAUGGGGAACGACGGAAUCAUCCUCGCCCGAGCAACGGUACAAGAAAUAUGGCACGGGGUUCUGGCUGAAAGAAUACAUUCGUUUCUCCAACAUCUUCCUGCGCUCAUGGUACAAGGGCCAGCCAGCGAGCCUGGCCGAACCCGAGGGCCGUCGUAUACUCGCCUCGCUCCCAGGGAACCAUGACCUAGGGUUCGCCGCCGGCAUCCAACAGCCCGUCAAGGAAAGGUUUGACGCCUAUUUCGGGCCCCUCAACCGCAUCGACAUCAUCGGCAAUCACUCAUUCAUCCAUCUCGACACAGUCUCCUUGAGUGCCAUGGAUCAAGUCGACCCCGAGACAGGCAGUUCGGGUGCGGGCGACAGCAGCGCCGAGGCAACAGCGUCCAGCAAGAUCUGGAAACCUGUCGAGGAAUUCCUACAGAACGCGAAAACAACAAGAGCAAAAGCCAUCCAACACACCUGCGAGACACGCUUCAAUCACAAACCGUCCGUCCACUCGCCGCUAUUCUCUCCAGACCUGCAACCUGCCGACCACUUCGACCAAUCCACAUCCCCUCAACCACGCUCUCAGGUAUCAUCAUCUCAAUUUCCAACAAUCCUGCUGUCACACGUCCCCCUCUUCCGCUCCGGCACGACUUCAUGCGGGCCUAAUCGCGAACGCGGCUCUUCCAUUCCGCUCCAGGCAGGUUACCAGUACCAGAACGUGCUGACGCCCAUGGUGUCUCAAGACAUCGUCAAGCACCUGACCGCUGAGGAGAUCACUAUGGUCUAUUCCGGCGAUGACCACGACUACUGCGAGAUCGAACACAAUGAGUUCACGGGCCGCAUCCGUGAAAUCACGGUGAAGAGCAUGAGUUGGGCCAUGGGUAUUAGAGUGCCAGGCGUGCAGCUCGCCAGUCUGUGGAAUCCUGUCGACCUGGACAGACUCUAUAGGCCCACAGACGACGGUGCUGCGCUAGCCACACCGAGAGACACGGUCCAAAACCACCUCUGCCUGCUCCCCAAUCAAUUGAGCGUGUUCAUUAGAUACGCGCAGGUCCUUGGUGUUACGAUACUCGCGCUUUCAGUGCAUGCCAUUCGGUACAAGCCCGGAGCGAUGAGUGAGUAUCAUCGCGACAAAUCAGAACCGUUGCUGCCUAUCACCCGCGAGCGCGACAAUGGACACGGCAAUUCGAACACAUCGCAAACGUGCUCGUCCGUGCGCAAGGAUGACGAGAACCUUUCGACGCGCAAGAUGGGCGGCUGUGGCUACGGGAAUAUACCGGCGAGUUCAAGGACGCCGUCCCCCUCGAAGCCGCGGCAAUCUGAUGAUGACGAUGAGCGUUGGAGAAUGUUCCGGGCAAAAUAUGCGGCUUCAAGGCCUAAAAUACCCCGGAGUCGACUCGAGUAUUUCGCCAGGUCUAUGUGGCAGGUUGCAUGGCCCGUUCUACUGGUUUAUUUCUGGUUGAUAUGCAAGGGUUAGGGUAUUGAGUGUACUACUGCUUGCCCACUUAUUGCAGAAUUGUAGUGGAAUAGUACAACUGACACAGAGAAACGCUGGUUGGGAGCUGGAAACCUCCAGAAGCUAUCAAGACAAGGACUGUCGCUCGAAAUUACAUCUAUCGCCUUGCAAGGCCAAAUAAUAAUUACUUCUUGCC